UUUACAAUUUUAUGUUUACAACUUCCAAGUUUAUUUAAAUUUACAAUUCCAAGUUUCACAAUUCCAAGUUUAUUAUUCCAAUUUUUAACCCUUCAUUUUUCUCAAUUUCAGAAUUUUAUGCGCAAAGCAGUCGAAUUAAGACGAGCACAGAAACAACGAGAUAAAGCUGCAAGAAAAAUUCAAGCCAUAGUUAGAGGCUUUCUGGCUAGGCAACAUUUAAAGAAAUGUUUACAUGCUGCUGUAGUUAUACAGGCACAUUUUAGAGGAUUUUUGGUCAGAAAACAAUUUAGUGAGGCUAAAUGA